ACUUUAACCACAAGAUUAUUUCUUUAGUUUGAUACUAGUUAUUAAUGCUAUAUAAAAUUUGUAGAGUAACGUACUUAUGGUGCCACCUGUUUAGAAUCUAGAAAUGAUUCACGUGAGGUAAAAUGGCAACGAGGUUGAUUAUAUUAUUUGAAAUUGAAGUUCAACGGGUGAUUGGCCUAUGGAAUGAGUUGCCAUUGGCAGUAGUGGAAGCCAACAGUUUAAGAGGGGAAUCUGUGAUUUCCUGAAAAAUAAAGGUUCAUUGUAUAUACCAUUACGAAAACCCUGGUUUUGAAACAAAUACCUUAUUGCUGCUAUGGGGUCUGUCUUAGGUAAAUUUAAGAAAAAGCCUUUAACUAGAGAUAUUUUGGAAACAUUAGAAAAGGCUUGUGGACUUUUCCAGGAAAUCCAGGCUACCUCUGAAUACAAACGAAGCACUGAGAAGGCUCAUAAACAUCUAGUGGGCUCACUAAUUCUUUAUUCUGUUCUGUUGUAUGUUUUGGCUGCUGUGGUCUUCUAUUUUUGGUUCUUUCCUAGUACCUUCAGUGAUGGGGUGUUACAUUCAUUGCCUUUAAUAAUAUUUCCAGUCUUAAUCUUGAUUCUGAAGAGACUACUCCAUUGGUACUUCACUCGAGCUAUUAAGAGAAAUGAAGAACAGCUGACUGGACUAAAGAAAAAGAAGAAAUCAAUUCUAGAUGAAGUGAUGAAUAAUGAAACAUACAGAGUUGCCAAAGAGUUGCUAGAAAAGUUUGACCCUGAAUUACUGAAAAAACAAGAGAAUUAUCAAGAAACGCAUUCACAAAAUGGAUCGGGAGAACGACCAACUUCAAAUGAAAAGGAUACUGAACUGCGUCAUCGCUCAAAUGUUACUCCUAGACCACCACUUCAUGGCCAGCAUAGGGCAGUUACUGAAAAACUUGUUCCUGUUACACCAUAUACAUCCGUUACUAGUCAAAGAAAUGGACAGUUUGCAGCACAACCUGUACGUCCCCCAACCCCUCGUCCAAUUUUGUCACAACAAAGAAAUGUGUUUGACCGUUUCGUUGACUACAUGGUUGGGGAUGGGCCAUCAAACCGUUAUGCUUUGAUAUGCCGCCGGUGUAAUUCCCAUAAUGGAAUGGCACUGAAAGAAGAAUUUGAAUAUAUAGGUUUUCGAUGUUGCUAUUGUUUCCAAGUAAACCCAGCAAGAAAAUACAAGCCACAUGCUCCCAAGCUUUCUGAAACUCAACCUUCUUCAGAAAUGUCAGAUCAUGGGUCAUCUGAUGUAUCAGGUAGUGAAGAAGUUGAGGAACAACUAAAACCCAAGGAUAAUGUACCUGAAGAAAUUAGUGAUUCCUAUGCUACCGAGAACAACAGAGUUUGUGUAGAACAACUUGAAUCCCAUGAAAAUAAGGACAUAGUAGAUGUUAGUACUAUUAGUACUAAAAGAGCUGGAGUGUUGGAGGAGAGUUCGUGAUUAGUCUCACCUGAUGUGUGUGUGUGAUGCUAAGUACAAACAGGAGUUAGGAAUGUGUGUAACAUCCUCUGUAAAAACUUGUGGAUUAAAUAAACAUAAGCAAUUAUUCAACAAAGUUUACAUUUGCUAAGAGUAACAGUUGUACCAAUAAAAAGCAAUCUUGAACAGUCUUUUAUUUAAUUAACAACCUCUUUUGUAAUUAUGAUUUCUUGGAAAAAAAAAGUGCCUUAAUUAAGUUUCAGGCAGUAUUUCAAACUGUUAACAGUUCAUACUUGUUACUGUAUACCCCUACCUAGUUUUUACCAAAUCAACACACACAUUUGUGAUAACUCUCUUUAUAUUUUGCUGUACUUUUUGCUAGCAGAAUAUCAUUUAUAUAUUCAAAAUUCAGUCCUCCAUGUCUAAUUUGAGUGAAAAAAAAUGUACAGAGUUAACAAACUAAAUAAUUUAGUUUCAAACAUUUAUGAAACUGGUUAAUUAACAAUCUUACAAACAGAUGUGAAGUACUGGAUGUUUUGUGUGCGUAAAAAAGUCUAGGGACGUGUGUGGUCUGUGUAUAUAAACAUCACUAACACUUAAAAUCUUAAAGAUCUAAUCAGUGAAAGCAAGGUAUUGUAAACUGGUCUUCCCUUUUUUUAAGAAACUAUUGCAGAAAAGAAAGAAAUAGUAGUACCUGUUUUAACGAGGAAUCUAAAUCUAUAUAUAGUAAUUUCUAAAGUUUGUCUAAGUAAUUUCACAAAUCUAUCUCAAUUCAUUAGAAAAAAUCAAAAGUCUUGAACCAUGCAAUUUGUUUGAUCACAAAUUGUAAACUUUCUGUUUUCUGUUAAAGUGUUGUAAGUUUUAUGUUUACAUAUAAUUAUAAUCCAAUAAAAUAUUCUUGACAAAAUUGUUUGGAGAAAAACAUUACUUUUGGAUCAUUGUUAUUCAAAUUUCUCUAGAUUUGUCAUCAAGUAAUGUGGAAAUAUUUUUAAAUAAUUUUUCUUUAAAAAACAAAAAAACCACAUAUUAUUUUUUUAAAUCAGUAAAAAGAUUUAAAUUUGAGAGUGACUUACCGCGGCUUCAGUAUAUCGAACGUUUUAAGCAUUAAAUCAUCAUUCUCAUUCUUUUUUAUGCUUCAGUAGAAUUUACUUGUUAUUAAAUCCUCUCAAAAAUAUUAUCAAAGAAAAGCGCUUGAUAACAUUUUAUGAAAAAGAGUAGCCUUGCUUAGUUUUUUUUUCAUUUAAAAAGCUGCAGAGUUUCACAAAUCAAGCAUAUUUUACAUACUAGUAGGAAACUUUGACUAUUAUAAGCUUGGUAAUCUUUGCACUGCUUGAAACUCCAUUUACAUAAGUAAAAUUGUCUAUAAUUAACAGGUAAAUACUCUAAAGACAAGAAAAUGUAUGAAAAAUUGGUAUAACAUUUCAGAACUAAAAAAAGUUUAAUUUUUGUUUAUCUCCCAAUAUUCGGUUGUAGUAAUAAAGCAGUUUUGUUAUAUUAGUUAAUUGUUUAGUUUCUUUGCUUAACUGAACUUCUAAAUUUUAUAUUGCUAUAGACCGUAAACAUUUUUUAAAGCUCUAAAUUAUCACCUGUAGAUAAGUAAUGAAAGGGUAAGUUAUGUUAAUGGGAAAAGAUGCCUAUUGAAGGACUAAAAACAGUCUUCAUAAGUUUAGGUGUGGCCUGUGAGAUUUAAAUAUUGUAUGCUUAACUUCUGAGUGUAAAUUGACAUCAUAAAAUAUGAUUUAGUUACUUUGUUGAUGUCUGAGGAAGAUUUAAGUUUUGCUUGUUUAAAUUGAGUAGGAUACUAACAAUAAAAAUAUCUGUUUAUAAGCUAUGUUUGAAACAAGACUUUCUCAUACUUAGUUUUAGGUAAUGAUGAAGAAAUGAACUAAUGAGAAUUAUAAGAUAAUGGUUAGCUUAAAUCUACCUAGAAAUACUGAUUUUACUUGUAUAUGAUGUGUGUUUACAUUUUGUGUUAGCAAAAAAUAACAUCACUGCAUCUUAGAGUUCUGAAGUAAGAAAUUGUGAAGUACAGUAAUAAGUUUUACUAGCAUAUGUACAGAUUUUUGAAGCAAUACACAUUUUAUCAUAAAUUUAUUUUGAUUUUGUUUGUUUUUUGGUGCAUUUUUUUCAUGUAUGUUAUAAUAUGAAAUGUUAAUACAGGUCGUGAAAGUUAAAAAUAUUUAGGAAAACUUUAUCAUUAUUUAAAAAAAUAAUAAGAGAAUUUCAAAUUAAUUAAUUUGUUUUUAUUCUAUGCUAUAUUUGAGGGACAGACCUUUUUUGUUUUUUGUAUGUACCAAAUAGACUACUGAUGCCCUGAGUGAAGGGACUUGUUUCUGAAAGUUAAAGAAUCUGCUUGGUUUUUCAAACCUGUGAGAUGUUUAGCCAUCACUAAAUUCAGUGACAUUAAUACAAAAUGUAUAUGAAGUAGUACUUCUUUAAAAAUUGAAAUUGCAAGAAACAUUGUUAUUUGGUAUCUUUGUUGAUAAAUAAGCAUUAUGUUCUGGAAAAUGUCUUUAUUUCUAAAAAUAUUGGUUUAUAUGUUUCUUUCAUCUUUGUGUAUUUUUUCACAAGAUAUUACCAACCACAAAAAAGUAAAGAAACUAUCCACAGUGCUUCCCUGUAGCAUUAUUAGUCUGGUUAGCCCCUCCAUAAAUAUGAUUGACCUCCCUAUUUGAAAUGCAGUAGAAAUGUUUGUUAAAUUCAACUGGUAACUUGUGUGGGUGAUUAAUAAGAUAAUUUUGAUUAAGCAUGAACACAUGAUUAUGAGGAACCCUGAAAUAUGUUUUAGCAAUUUUUUUAUUUCCGUAUUCUUGAGAAAUAUUAUGGUUAACUGUACCUCAUGUCCAGCAAUGAUUUCAAAAUAGCUACAUGUAUAUUUGAAGAUGUACAUAAUAUUCUUUCAUUUCUCUCAUGUGCAGAUGCUACUGUACAUAGAAUUUGUGCAUUUCUUUAUGUAACUGAUAAAUAACAGUCAUAUAGAUACAUGUUUUUCUUACUAAAGCUUCAUAUAAUUAUGUUGAAUACUAUAUUAUUAUAGAACAUAUAAUACAGCCAAUACAAUUUUAAUGUCAAAAUUAUAUUUUCAAGUAUUUUGUGAAAUAAAUCAGCCACUUAAAGUUAGAGUAAAUGCCACUUUAGAAAAAAAUAUAUGUCUGAUAAUUUUGAAAUGUAUGUUAUUGUUACAAGAUCUUAAGCAUCAAGGUUUUUUUUUUCUUGGAAGGAGUUAGAGUGGUAUUUACUAACACCUAGUCUGUGAGUUGAUGACACUGAAUUCAGAAAAUUGGGUGAUAUACAGAGGGGUUUCCAGUAUUCAAAUUAGAACCAAAAAAUGUACUUCAAUAAAAGGUUUGGUCUGUUAACUUCAAAACAACUCUAUUGUACCGCCAGUACUGCUCACCUCUCAAUAGUGUUUGGUCAUACUAUGUUCCUCAUGUAAGAAGCAGUAGAAGUGUUGAUAUUCAGACAGGCACCAAACUCACCCACUUAACAGUGAAGUAAGCUUCAUUAAUCUUUCCUCAGCCGUUUCCAUUAACAGAUCUUUCCAAAACCAUGGAGAAAACAGCUUUAUAGGGCUGAGGAAUCAAUCUUGUAUUGUUCAACUUGUGUUCACUAAUGUGUCUUGGGUGGGAUUUGGGAUGGGUACUCCCUCAUUGCCAGGUAUCACAAAGAUCUGAAAUCUCUUUUCAGAAGUAAAAAGAGAAUACCAGAAAUCUUGGUUUGGGAAUCAACUCACCAAAUAUGUCUCUCUGACUCACAAACUAGGUGAUAAAAGAAACUAUGAAGUUUAAUAUAAGCUUAGGAAUACAGUCAUAAAAACAGUUUAUAAAGAUUUAGGAUGAACUUUUAAAGCUAGAGUACAUAAACUUUGAAAAUUUGAUUGAGUAACCAUUAGUUUUAACAUUGUGCUGUACAGCAUAUACAAUCAGUUUUGGAAGUAAAAUAUAUGUGUAAGAUUAGAAAACACUAAAUUUCGUUUUUUCUUUAGUUAAAGAUGUUUUGUUGAACUGGUACUGUGCAAAUAAUACUAUUAAAAGUCUUAAACCUCCAUACUAAAUGUGUAAGAUUGGAAAUUUUGCUACAAAUGACUUAAUAUUUUUAAAACUUGUUUUGGAUAAACUUGUCUAUUGCUCUCUGUAAUGAAGAAAUUUUUUUCUAGAACUUAAAAGACCUGUAUAUCUUACAAUUUAACAUAUUUUGAUCAAUUUCGUUUAGUUUUCCUAUUUACAAUUUUUUUCAUCAUUAAUUAAUGAAAAGAAUUAUUGUGGUAGUGCCUCAACUUUUCAUUCGUACUCGAGUAAAUAUAGGCCAUCAAUAGUAUAUAAAUGUAAGUUGCCAAAAUUGGUUUUUGAUUGAUGAAAAAUUAUAUGUUGUUUAAGUUUAAGUUGAUGUCUACUUUUGAUUUUUAUAAAAUUUAAUAUAUCUUCGAGAUUGGCCAUGUUUAACAACAGAGCUUCCGUGGCUAGCUACUUUUUAAGUGUCAUUUACAAUCUUGUUAAUGGUAUAUCCCACUCAGCAGAUGAUAUGGUAGGAAAUAAAGGAUUAAGACAAAUUUAAUUACUGUUUGAAAGCGUUAAAAUACUCGUGUAUUUUCGCAUUAUCACUAAACCAUUGUCUUGUACUGAAGGGAUUAAUUACACGUCUGUUGGACUAAUUUCUACUUGGGCGUAAUUUAUCGUAAUUUGUUGUAUAUAUAUAAUGGUUUGAUUUAUGUAAGGUUAUAGUGCAAAUUGCACACGAGGUAAAAAAAUUCAGAAUAUAUUGAAUUUAUUGUAGUUAAAAUAAAUGUACGUUUUUGGGAGAUCAUUA